AGAAAUUCUGAGAAAAGUAAAGAGGGGAGAGCGAGGAGAAUUUAAAGACCUAAUAAAUACAAAGCUAGUCAUCAUUAUCAUAUACAAUUUUCAAACCAAAUGACUAGUGGUUAAAAUUAAAUUUUGAUUGUGUUUAGUAUGUUCAACAUGUCCUAUAUUCAUCGGUUCUGAAUAGAGUGUGCAUGGACAAUGACGGCGCUAACAGGGACAUUCUGGAGUCCAUACUAUCCACUGGACUACAAGAACCACGCCUCGUGCAAGUGGCACAUUACUGUCCCGUCGAAUUACACCAUUUCGGUCAACUUUGAAGACGUCACCCUGGAACGCACUUGCUGUCGGUGUGACUAUGUCGAGGUCUGGGAAACUCUGAAGAAUGGUUCUGCAGUUUUGAUCGCAACGUUUUGCGACGACACAAAACCAGAUCCGUCUCAACAGUUUAGAUCCACCGGCAACAAUGUGACGAUUGUUUUUCGCUCGGAUGCUACAGUACAAGAAAAAGGAUUUAAGGCCAGUUAUCGAACAAUUCCACUGCCAGUGAUCACAACGACUUCAACCAUCGCCUCCACUGCCGACAGCAACGACACGCGGCGAACGACGACGAUUUCUAGAUCUUCACACGUAACAACAAUUCCCCCGACAAAUUCAAGUACGAGUAGUAACGUAGUUACAACUCAGUUCACGAAACAGGACGACACAACGACAGUGGUCAAAACGACUUCAACCAUCGCCCCCACUGCCGACAGCCGCGAGACGCAGAAAGCAACAACUACAUCUUCACACGUAGCAACAACCCCUGAGACGAAAAAGAACGACACCACGACAAUUUCUUUUAGAAAUAUUUCCACGAGGACAUCAACAACUGAACGAGACACUACUGCUCGGUCAAGUGACCUCGCUACAGAGACGUCCACAACUGAAUUUACAUCUAAACAACGUAUUUCACCAACCGAGCUCGGUAAAAGUACUGCGACGAAUACAGACGGUGUUAAAGAAGCCAGAAAUGAAAGCGCUUCUAAAGGGAAUGUUUUCGUCAUCGUCGGUGUGAUUGCGUGCUUGAUUGUGAUUGGUGGAGCUGCGGCAGGAACGCUGUUUUGGUUCUGGAAAAAACGCAGUAUCAAAAGGAAUCACAAUAAUCGGAAUACGCUAGUUGUAAGCUUCACAUCAGCUGAGAAAGCAGUCGAUAUAUCAAACAACUCGUCAUGGGACAUGUACCAAGGAAGCGUUGAAAUUGAUACCGUUAAUGAAAGCGAUAACCCAUUGUAUGAAAGAGAUUGUCUGGAGAAUUCAGCGAAGGAUGGGCUCAACGGUGAAAUCAGAGAGAGUGAAAAUCCAUUAUACGCCAGCAGCGUUGAAACUGUCAAGGAAAGUGACAACCCCAUGUAUGAAAGUAUGGAUAAUGCCUUAAAAGGAACAGUCCAAGAUGACAUCUACAGUCUCGUUUAUGAGAGGUAUUUAUUGAAGUUUUAAAAGCCAUCGACAUUUCGU